GCGUCGAAUGCAACGGUCGCCUCGACUCUCUCUCCGAUCAUGGGGUGCGCUAGCAGUUCACCGAUCAUGGACAGCGGCAAGGCGCUGGCGGAGGGCGCCAAGGACUCCCUGGGGGAGACCAUCGGCAAAGGCGAGAAGGCUCUGAUGGAUGUCGGCGAAACAGCGAAAGAAACCCUCUCAUCGGGCAUGGACGCAGUGAAGGAAACCAUGCACUCAGCGGUAGAAACUGCCGAAGAAGGCGUCGACUCCGUGAUGGGCAAACUCAGCGAAACAUUCAAUUUCGCCUCGACCAAAGAGGAGCUGGACGCCAAGAAGGACGAGCUGCUGACCAACGCCUCCGACGCCGCCGCCGAGGCGGUCUCGGAGGCGGAGACCGUCUUGGCGUCGGAGACGGAAUCGGCGAAGGAGGCGUUCGCCUCCAAGGCGUCGCCGAUCUUCGAGACCGUCCAGUCGGCUGGCGAGGACCUCGUCGACGCCGCCAUGGAGGUCAAGGACAGCGGGAUCGAGUUGAUAGACGAUUUGGAGGAGCACGCGGAGGAACACGUGGACGAUAUGCUCGGUGAUAGUGUCGCUAAAGAGGAGAAGAAAACCGAAGAAACGAUGGAGGCGACAGCCGAUGGCCGGGAGGAAUUGGUGAAGGAGGAGUAAGUGGUCUGACGCGGACGCUUACUGGUUGGGAGGCAGCGGCGGACGCGAUUUUAUUUCAAAGGACAAUAAAAUCUCUGGAAUAUUCGAAGGACCACCAGCGGGAAAAGUUCGUCCAUCGUUCGGAAAUUUUCGGUGGGGACAUCAGUCACGAUUGCAACGGCGACAUCGCGAAGCGGGAAGUAAUAACGGAUUAGAUAGAUUUUUAAUACAAAUUUUUACCGACAGAUUAAUAUCAAUUCACACGUAUAAAAUGAUAACCAAUAUACCUGUACGUACAGAAAAAUUGUUAUAUUUUUGUAAUUAAUUAAGAUUUGCUAAAUUCGCUGUUAGACGUAUUAAUUGUGUAAAAUAUUUAUCGUCUUUUGAGGUGUUGAAAAAUUGUAAAUGAAUUAUUCAAUGAUUAGAAGUUGUCGUGCAUUUUUUAUUAUCGUUUUUUU